AUGAGUGAUCUAAACAACGAAAACGACGCAGAAUGGCCUUUCUUUCCCAUCCCGAAGGAUGAGGAGAUCACCGGCAAUCUUCUGAAAGUACAAGCGAUGCGCGAGGAAAUGGCCCGGAAAGCUAUGCUGAUCAUAACUAAUAUUAUGCCGGCAAAGAUACUACAACUAGAUGCUUUGUUCAAACUGACCUCUACGUCACACUUGAAAGCGGGAGACAUACCAGCACCACUACGCACCAGCGCAUUCACAGUCAAAGAUCUGGAAGCGAUUCACAUCAAGACUGAGAGAUGGACGGAGUGUUUGAAGUUACAGGAACACACAGACGGCUCAGUGAGCAAGAAACGAAAGCUAGAGGACGGGGAAAAGUUAGAAAGCGAGGCCCACAUACCCAGCAAUGAGCUGGUAAUUAGUCUGCUAAAGGUGCUGAAAAUGGAAAUAUUACAACUUGUCGAGUUCUGCAAUACCGUCAAGAUCUGGAUUCAGUUGAACAUCCCGAGGAUUGAAGACGGCAACAACUUUGGGGUUUCAAUCCAG